CGGGCACCGUGCGCGCGGUAGCAUUUUCAGGCCGCCUCCGUUGUUAGGGGGCAGGGGGCUGAGGGAAUGCUCGAAUACGUAGAGCGGGGGCGUUGCCGUUAUAACGGUUGAGUGUGCGUGUGGACUCGCUUGAGUAGCUUACGGUAGUAUGGGGUCUGUUGUCUGGCCCGCUGUAGACUUAAAGGUGCCAAAAGAGUCUCGAGCAAGGUGGAACAAGAUAAGAGGAUCAGUCUCAGGGAUUCUAAACUCCUCUGUAAAAUGCUUGUGAAACAUAAAAUACAACAACUAUUGCGCAUGGUGCCUGGAAAGCAGCGCUUUGGAGUGUACAGAUUUCUGCCUCUCUUUUUCAUCCUUGGAGGUGCUAUGGAAUGGUUUAUGGUCAGAGUCCGAAUUGGCAAAGAGACUUUUUAUGACGUUUACCGUAGAAAGCAGUCUGAGAGACAGCAUGAGCAGAACCUGGAAGGAAGAUGAAUUUCACCCUGAAUAAUGUGUAUGAAGUGAAUACUGAACUCCUAAAUUCUAGUCACCUUUCACAGCUAAGAAAUGUAUGUCUUCAAACUGAACACUGUGUCUAGUUCCAUGGAGUUUUUGCUGCCCAGGCUGGAGGCAGAAGAUGCUAUAGCUGUGUCUCAUUGUAGCCAGAACUAUCCAAACUAAACACUUAGCUACUUAUAUUACUUUUCAGAAGCUGUAAUUGUUUGAUUGAAACUGCAUUUCAUAAUUGGUUUAUUUAUUGUUCAUGUUUUUAUAAACUCUUACAGAAGCAGUUUGCUGUACUGUUUCUUAAGUUUGGAGAACAUGUUUGGCAUGGCAAUGGGCUGGUUUAGAUUUAAGAAGCCAUGAUGAGCCUUGGCUUUGCAUGCUUUUUCUCUGGCGUGACUGGAGAAUUUUUCAUUUUCAAUUAACCAGUUUGCCAUUUCAUUUGAACUUAGUCUUAUUGUUGAGAUGUCAACAAGCAGAGACAAAGAGCACAACUACUCCAAUGGAAAGGCAGGAAAUGUACUGGGCAAGUCACAGCUGAAUAACCUACUUCCUUCUCUGAUGCAUUUCCUGUUUUUGAAUGCUAGACGGUAGGUAGCUCUUGCUUGACGAGCUGUCAUCCAGAGAGAAGCUAAUGAUCUCUUCAUGGCUGUACCAGAGGAGAGCAUGUGCCCCAAGGCUAAUUCUUGCAGUGCUAAACCAUGGCUUAGCAUUAUGUCUGACUGUGGCCACUGUCCCAGGCAAGAUUACAAUAAGGAAAAUGUGGAUCGUGCCAUACAGUACUUGUACAUGUAACGGCAAGCAGAUGCUUUACAUGCAGAAGCUCCCAGGUUGAGUCCCCUCCCUCUCCAGCUAGAGCAAGGAAAGACCUCUCUCAAACACUGGAGAACUACUACCUAUCAGCAUAUACAAUAUGAAGUAAGAUGGUAGCUCCCUAUUAUCAGGCAUCCUAUUUUUCUUUCAGCCCGUUCCAUUUGCUCUAAGCAGCUGCCAUAUCAAGACAAGCAGCAAGUACACCAUCUAUUAAUCUCCUCCUCCCUAAAUGGAGGAAUUAAAUGUUAAUGAAUUUAAGGAUAAUGUUCCAAGCAGAGCAAAUUAGUUUGCCUAUUUUAGGCAUGCUAUCAAAGCUUAACAGUACUGGCCUAAAGUUACUCCAAAGGUGUGAGAAAAGUGAUUUAAUACAAGAGUUUUGUUGCAUGAUCCCUUUUCUUCCUUCAGCAUGGCUGUGCAAUCAGAAGCUUUUGAUUGUUUUUGCUUAACCACAACUCGUCAUUUAUCUGAAAACAUUAGAUUGUGGUUAAUCUUAACUGUGGAUUGUUUGAAACAAGUUGUUUGUUUUAAACCAUAGUUGAGAUUAAUCACAAACUGUUGUAAUGCUAAACUGCAGUCUAUUAAAGAUGGAAGCAAAAGAUUCCAAUCUCCUCCUUGCAGUUGUGAUGGGGCUGGAGUGACAUACGAGGCCAAGGCUCUCUCCUGUCAUGCUGAUUGAUGCCUUAUUGUGAUGUCCAAAUCAACUCAGUAUGUGUUCUCUAUAAAAUAAAAAAAUCCCUGUUUUUAAAAGCAUCUUCAAAGGAAUACAGCCUGGCCAAAAACUAGAAUAAACAUCAGUUUUGAUAUUUCAACAUCCACAUGAAUGAACAAUCCAAAUAAGUUGUAGAGUUCAACAAGAUGUGUGACCACUAUCAUACCUAUAUACCUUAGAUUCAGUGGAUUUAUGUGUUAAUCUGAUGGUUUAUCAGCUCUAUAUUAGGACAAUUGAGAUUGCUUUAAAUUACACUAUUUGUAGUUCUUAGGGGAACUGCUAUUUAAUUUAGGUCUAACAUUUGCACCUUGCCGUUACUCAGAUUUAAUACUGUGACAAUAUGUAUAACUUGGCCUUGUGGGUUUUUUUACAGGGCACAUCUAGAUUUCCAAGAAAGCUGUCUAAAACUAAAAUUAAAACAUCAACAGAUCAAACCUGGCUAAUCCAAACUGCAAGCUAUUUUUAUUCAAAUUAAAAAGCCUCAGAAAGACAAACUGAUAGUACAUGCACAUCGACUACUUAUCACUUUACUCAUUGGAGUAUACAACCAGGAGUAAAAAAUGAGGCAUGGAUUAACCAGGUCCAAAAGCAUAUAUGCUGAAAAGAAUAUUAUAAACAUCAACUUGAAUUAUUACAUGAACACAUUUGCUCUUUAAGGGAAGAGCAGGGAAAAUGAAAUAGGAGAUGAACUGCUAAUCACUUCCAAACUAGUUUACUGAAAUAGAUCUGUUUUUUUCCACUCUCUCAAGCCAAACAUUUCCCAUACUUUUAUUUGAAUAUUCAGUCCUCCUAGUACAGUGCAUGGCUAUAGAAAAUAACAAAUAAUGGGUUCAAAUGGCAAAAAAAAGAAGACAUGGUUGGUUCUUCUGUUCAACAGUUUAUAGUUAGAAAACAGUUCAGUUAAGUGGCUGUGCAAUACUGGAUUGUAGCCGUCAAAUCUUUAAUCCUGUAACUUAUUGAAAUGCCCCCAGUAAACAGACAUGAUUAUGGAAUAAAUUAAAUUUAAAAUAAUUAGGGCCAGCCUAAUGAUCUAGGAGGAGUGCUCUGCACUGCCAAAGAAAAGGCAAAAGGCCUCAUUUAUACUUCUAGUUGUUUACUCCUAGGUUAUUAGGAGUAGUGAAGCUGCCCUCAUCUUAAAUGUCUGGGAAAGACAAUGCUGCAUAUUAUUCAACACUGAUCCUCCUGAAUAACACAGUAUUCAAAGGGUGUCUCAUGCUGUUCUUAGAAAUAAAUAAAAUUAAAUAAAUUUUAGGUU